AUUGUUAUUAUUAUUAUUUAUUAUUAUAAAUUUUUUAAAUUACGAUUUUUUUUUAAGUUUUAGUGUUAAUAAAAAUAUUUGAUCAUUACAAUAUGGUCAGUUUUAAAGUAGGAUCUAUAUAAAACAAAUAAAAUGGAUAAAAGCAACCCACAAAAGAGAUUACAGACAAUAAAAAAAUUUCAAGAAGGAUUUGUUGUAUUUCGAGCAAAGUAUUUAGGAUGCAUACCUGUGCAAAAAUCAAAGGGAGUUGAAGUCAUUAAAGAAGCCAUUAGAAAAUUAAAGAUAGCACACCAGCUGAAAAAGUCAGAAGCUGGGAUAAAGGAAAGUAAACUUAUGAAGGUGGAAAUACAUAUUUCAAUGAAUUGGAUAAAAAUCAUAAAUUCAAAGAGCAAAGUAAUGGUUUGUAAUCGCCCAUUGCAUCGAGUAUCCUACUGUGCUGAUGACAACACUGAUAAAAAGAUAUUUUCAUUUAUAGCAAAAGACCAAGAAAGCAACACUCAUUCCUGUUUUGUACUGAAGUGUGAAAAAGAGGCGACAGAUUUAACGCUAACAUUUGGCGAAGCAUUUGAUUUAGCAUAUAAACGUUAUAUACAGACUGAAAAAGAAGAGCUAAAAAAGAACAAGGAACUAAUAAAUAUUAGUGCACAUAUUGAAGAGUUCAAAAAAGAAAACCCAAAAUUUCAGAAAGGAAUUGAAGCAUCUACUUUAUUAAGUUCACCACGUCAAAUGGAUGAACCGCUCACUAGGACAGUUCCUUUAAGUGCAUCUGCCCGAUUAUCGUCUACUUUAUUAGAAGAAAAUUUAGUUAAAGAAAAUACAUCUGAAAACGUCAUCACUGAUAAUGCUCGCUUUCUUUCUAAUAUAGAAAACUCAUCGUAUGAAGUUUUUCAAGAUGCCUCAGCUCACAACCACUCGAGUUUGAACGACUUUGAUUGGUUUAAUUAUUCGAAUUCUAAUAAUAAUGCAAUGCACAGUCGUCCAUUCGAUCAUAAUGUUGAUCCGUCAAUAGUCGACCAACUUCAAGAUUCCAAGGUUUCCGAUUCAGGUCUUUCGAAUACAGACUUUUUUGAUUUUUUAAGUAAAAGUCCCUCUGAACAAGACUUUGCACUUACUAAUGACCCUUUUGCCGAUAAUCCACAUUGGAAUAACGUUGUUAAAAAAGAAUUAAGUAUCAGUGAAUCUUUUGAUAACGAUGUUUUAAACUUACCAACGAAUCCCUUUCGGGUUAAUUCUGACCAAAGUUGUAAUAAUAUGUAUUCACAAAAUGGUUCCGCAAGAUUAGAAAGCGAAACAAAGGAAUCUGAUAGUUUUUCACAAUUUCUUUCAAGUUUAGUCGGCAGAACGGAAAAUCUUGAAAUAAACAAUAAUUCUGACCAGUUUUCUAGUGGAGCGUUUUUUAAUUCUUUCGAAACUAACUUUGACGAAAAUGGAUUUAAAGCAACAAACGAAAUAAAUUUAUCAUUUGAAACAUUAAAUAGCAAUAACCUAGAUUUAAUUUCCCCAUCAGAAAUUCAGACUUCAUCAACACCACGAAACGAUUUAAGUUCAAUUAAAUGUGAGAAUUCUCGUCCACGUCCGACUGGCAAUACCUUGAAAGGUAAUCUUCUUCCAGCUCCUCCUAGUAAAAAAACUAUGAAAGUUACUACGGCUGUUUCAAAGCCUAUUACCCCGAUUGCUGCUCCAACAGUGCGCAGUAAUUCUAUUUCAACAGUGCGCAAUAAUUCUAUUCCAACAGAGCGCAAUAAUUCUAUACCAACAGAGCGCAAUAAUUCUAUUCCUGCGGACAGUGAAAGCAUCUCAAAUGCGAGAGAUGUAAAACAAUCAGAUGCUUCACGUAAGGUCAACCGAUUGUCAGUCGGUAACAUUGCUCAUAUACUACCUAACGUUGAAAAAGCGCAAUCUCCUAACACAGACUUUCGAUCGCGAUCUAGAUCUUCAGUUUCAGCGAAGAAACAAUAUUCUUUAUUUCAGGUGUCAAAAACUCUCGAAGGUAUGAUUGAUUGAAAAAACAAUACAUUAUAAGUUGAUUGGUUGAACGAAUAACAAAUCUUAAAUUAAAUUGUUUAAAUGGAUAGUAUGCGUGAAUUUGGCAUACAACUUUGGCAAUGAUGCUAUGGUUGAUCUUAUUCUCCUAAAUAGUCUUAUGAAAGCGUUAGGAACAGUCCAUAAAUUACGCGACGCUAAAUUUAUUUUUAAAAUAAAAAAGUUCAUUUGCACUUUAGCGCGGCGAUUUUCAUUGAAC